UUGUACCCCACCAGGUCGCGAUAAGGUCGGCCACCCGACAGGCCGCCUUAAACCGCCGCCAAAGUCGAAGCUCUUGUGUGCGUGUGCGUGUGCGUCAUCGUGCGCCUAUUCGAGCUGUCUGGUACGCCUCGGAACUGUACCUUUGGUGUCGUGUGUCACUCGCUCUGAGCGAGUAUACACGAAACGAACAUGGAUCAUCAUGGUCGGCCGGACGAGGAGAUGUUCCUCAACAAGCCCGCCGAGAACUGCGACAGCCCAACAGUAGAGCCCCUGAGAAUAUUCAAACCUCAGAGCCCCGUUCCUGCCGCCGACAAGACCUCGGACCGUUUCAAGUACCCUGCCCCGGUGGCUUCCAAGCCCAGUUUCCCACUGCCACCUGGUGCUUCGAGCUCGGCUGCACCCCUCCCUUACCCUGCCGAUGACGACGAUCUUCGGAUAGGCCAGUCCUCUCAGUCUUCUCGACCACCAUAUCCUAGCGAUGACAGGAAGCCAUCCACGAGCAGGAUAUACACCAGCCCUACUGGCUCAAGCGGCUCGGGUCGCCUAAACGAUACGACCCCGCGCCUCGACACGAGUCCUAUCGAGAAGAAAGGCCCUGGACUCGCCGAGCGGCGAGGGACGGCUCCGAAGCCGUUACCGGGAACCCUCAGCCCUUCAAGCCCCCAUGCCGACGACAGUGGUUUGUUCGCAAAACCUCUCUCACACCAACAGAAGCCUGCUGCUGCCGCGGCUACAUCCUUUCCAGACUAUCAUCAAAAACCUUACUAUCCGCCACCACGCGGGAACUCGGCCGGCCCAAGCUCAAAUUCGAAUACCAAUGCGCGACCUCAACAACCACCGCAAGAUAGCUAUCUAAGAAUGCCUGAAGAUAGUGGCAUGAACCGCUUCGCAUCAACAGCAUCCACUUCAACUACUAGGGCAAACCGAGGAUCUCCGCCGCCGCCUGAAACGCCCAUUGUCGAGCCGGGCAACUUCCCUGGCGGUGGUAUCGAGGCCAGAUAUGCCGCUGCCGGUAUCUCGGGUACUGCAACGUUGAACAGCUUCCAAAGUGCAGCGGCAACUCAGCGCUUAGCGCAGUAUGGCCAGCAGCAGCAGCAACAGCAGCAGCAGCAGCAACACCCUGCAGCUUCACAACCUGCCCGACCAUGGACCCCAACAGAGACGCCGGAUCAGCAGCCACAUGGGCCUCCUACUGUGUAUCAGGGAGCGAACCCCGUGUCUAGCCCGACUGCCGCCUCGUUCAGUCCCCAGGCCACCCGGCCCCAACCCACUAAUGCGGCCCAAAACUCAAAUCCGACAGGGGCUCUACAAGUUAGCGUGCUUGAACAAGAUUUUCAACGCAUGCAAAUGUCACCUAGCCCGCCGCCAGCCUAUUCUAGCAUUACACAAUCUGGAGCCGCUUCCGGAUAUCCAAAUGAGAAGCAGCGGCCUGGACAGGCGGGACCGCAUCCAGCUGUAGCACAGUCCGCCACGGCAUCUUCACCUCCAGAGAAACAGAAUGAGAUAGCAGCUGGACUGAUAUCUCCUGCUCUACAACACCCUGGCCAUCCGGCCUUUGCCAAUGAUCCCCGGCCAGAUAGCCAGCAAAGUGGACAUCAGGUCCAACCUACUAGCAGUGCAGCCGGUUCCGCAGCCGCACUGAGUGCUGGAGCUGGUGUUGCUGCUGCUGCCCCAGCGGCUGCCACGGUCGUUCAAACUCCAUCGCCGUUCCAGAACGGCCAGGGACCAACAUCACCUCCUCCAUUGCCUGAAGGCUGGAUUGCUCACCUUGACCAGAACUCGGGCCAGUAUUAUUAUAUUCACCUCGCCACACAAGCUACACAAUGGGAGUUCCCAAAGGGGCCGAAUCCCAUUCAUCACGAUGUGGCUCCUUUAUCUCCGACCGCCUCGACAUAUGGCAACCCCUUGGCCUCACCCAUGUUUGGCAAGCAAAGCGCCAUGGCUUCGCCCAUGUUUCCUCCACAAACACCAGGGUAUGCAGAGAGCAUUAUGAGUGUAGCGACAGCGACACCAAGUGCUGCUGGGUUUUCCGGUCCGCCUCCUGGGGCGGGAGUGGACAUGUACAAGGUUCAUCCUACCAACGGUGUUUAUUUCGGACCCUAUCUGCGGUAUGUAAAUAUGGAUAUUGAAAAGGGCUUGUGGCUAGGCAGUAUCAUGAUUGUCACGGACGCACCUCAGCCGCCCACCAUCCACAUUCAUCAGAGUAUGGAUUUAUCGCCGAACCCUCGCCAGCUUAUUCCUCAUUCUAUCUAUACACACCAGAGGUGGCAAUUUUAUAAAUAUGAUGUUAAUCUUCAAAUGACGGAAGCAACGGAACGGUGGACAUACGCCGUGACAUCACACCUGGGAUGCACUCGUUAUGAGUUUGUGGUUGCGGGACGAUACGAGACAGGCUGGCGUUUUAUGGCCCAUUCGGGCAAUGACUUCGCAGCAAGCACAUCACAGAGUGAGCGUAGCAAGCUAGGCGGACUUGGUUUCAUGUGGAAAGAUGUUUUGCAGAAGAAUGUCGACUGUGGCGGAUUUCAUGUGCAACUUGGCUUGGGCGACCAGAUCUACGGAGAUCGGCUGUGGAAAGAGGUGCCACUCUUGAAGCAAUGGCUGGCGAUGCCUGGUAAAGAUAACCGGAAAAACGCCUCAUGGACGGCUCGCCAUGAAGAGGAUACUACGCAUGCUUAUUUCCAUUUCUAUACGAGUCAUUUCGAUCAGCCUUUCCUUCGUGAGGCGUUCGCCCAGAUCCCUCACAUCUGCCAAAUUGACGAUCAUGAUAUUUUUGAUGGUUACGGAUCUUACCCGGAAUAUAUGCAGAACUCACAUGUUUUUAAGAAUAUUGGCCGGAUAGCAGUAGACAUGUAUUUACUCUUCCAACAUCACACCACGCUGGAGAUUCUCCGGAACGUCAGUCACGAUCUAGAUUUGUUCACGAUCACGGGACAAGGCUGGCACUUUUUGAAAUAUCUCGGCCCAGCCGUGGUCGUCAUCGGCGCCGACGUACGUUCCGAACGGACGCAGAGCCGUGUGCUCGCUGGCCCGACUUAUCAGGGGCUAUUCCCCAAAGUUGCCAUGUUACCCCCGAGCGUGCAGCACUGUCUGUGGAUGAUAUCGGUACCCCUAAUCUACCCGCGCCUCGACACCAUGGAGAGUCUGGCGAACACAUUCGCGACGGGUAAAAAGGCCGUAAACGCAGGAUAUAACGUCCUUGGAAAGGUGACCAGCUCUGUGGCUGGCAUCGUGGGCGGUAAAGAGGUUGUAGCGCAGGGCUUCAAUCAGGUCAAGAAGGCUGUUGGCAAGUCGGGUCUAAUGGGUAAUGUCGUCAACCAAUUUGGCGAUCUGGAUAUUGGCGAGAUCUUGAAGGAUAUGUGGACACAUGAAACCAAAGAUCUCGAACGCACAUAUCUGAUCCGGACGCUGCAAGGCAUCGCUCAUCAGAAAGGCAUUCGCAUGACUUUCUUAUCAGGAGACGUCAACGCCGCAGGCGCAGGCCUAGUCCACGACCCAACACACCCAAGCGACCACAAAACAAUGUACCAAAUCAUCACAUCCCCCAUCGUCGCCGCGCCCGCGGCGCACUACAUCCUAAAGAUGCUCCACAGCAAUAAAACGUACUACGUCCCUCCCAACGGCCAGAAGUCGGCUAGCGACUUACUCUCCGACACCAAAGAAGACAUGAUGGAGAUCUUCCACACGGAUGCUAGCGGAUCGCCGCGCGAACUGAAGAAACUCAUGGGGCGGCGGAAUUACGUUGCCGUGGUGGCGUAUGAUCCGGAAGCUAUUGCUGGAACGCAAUAUGCUGCGUCGGUGGUUAGUGGUGGGAGUGGGGGGAAUAGUGGGAAUGGGCUUUCGAAGUUAAGUCUUGCGGUAGAUUUCGUGGUACAGGGCGAUGGCGCUUUCACGGCGCCGACGAAGUAUGGUCCUGUUAUCGUGCCGCAUUUGGAGUUUGGGAGGUGAUUACCUAUGCUCGGCGAGGAAAUGAGGAAAUGAGGAAAAGAAUGAGUGAAUGGGGGGGUGAGUGUGUGAGUGGAGGGGUCUAAUGUUGGCUUGGCGCAAACAGGCAUCUUUUUCCUGGGUCGGAUAUGAAGUACUCCUU